CGAUCAAAGGAAGGAGUGGUGAGCUGUGACGUAGGCUGACAUGUAGAGGAUGACAUCAUCGACGCCGUGCACGGGCACGCUGUUAAGUAACGAGAGGAGGAGACAGAGCCGAGUGGAGAGCUGCUCGUGCUACCGCAGCUUCUCAGGGACUAUCAACAGGGAGCGCAGCCGACUGACAAGAGCACAGAGCGGAGGGUAUGAACGCUGACAGAAUCCGCUCCCAUCCUUCUCUGGCCGGGCUCCUGUCGGACUGACAACCACCGGUUCACAAUCUACACCGAAGCAGCUCUCGGACGAACCCAGUAUCGGAUUGGAGUUGCAGCCAUGGAGCUGAGAGUGGGGAACAAGUACCGACUCGGGCGGAAGAUAGGGAGCGGUUCUUUUGGAGAUAUUUAUCUGGGUGCCAACAUUGCCACUGGUGAGGAGGUGGCCAUCAAACUGGAGUGUGUGAAGACCAAACACCCACAACUGCACAUUGAAAGCAAGUUUUACAAGAUGAUGCAAGGAGGAGUGGGUAUUCCAUCCAUAAAGUGGUGUGGUGCUGAGGGAGACUACAACGUGAUGGUGAUGGAGCUGCUGGGUCCCAGCCUGGAGGACUUGUUUAACUUUUGCUCACGCAAGUUCAGCCUGAAGACGGUUCUCCUUUUGGCAGAUCAGAUGAUUAGCCGCAUCGAGUACAUCCACUCCAAGAACUUCAUCCAUCGUGACGUCAAGCCUGACAACUUCCUCAUGGGCCUUGGCAAGAAGGGCAACCUGGUCUACAUCAUUGACUUUGGCCUGGCCAAGAAGUACCGAGACGCCCGCACGCACCAGCACAUUCCUUAUAGGGAGAACAAGAACUUGACUGGCACAGCACGCUACGCCUCUAUCAACACACAUCUGGGAAUCGAGCAGUCCAGACGUGACGACCUGGAAUCCCUGGGAUAUGUCCUAAUGUACUUCAACCUGGGCUCGCUCCCGUGGCAGGGCCUCAAGGCGGCGACCAAGAGACAGAAGUAUGAAAGGAUCAGUGAGAAGAAAAUGUCCACUCCCAUUGAGGUCCUCUGCAAAGGUUACCCUUCUGAGUUCUCCACAUAUCUGAACUUCUGCCGUUCCCUGCGCUUUGACGACAAACCAGACUAUUCUUACCUACGACAGCUCUUCAGGAAUCUUUUUCACCGACAGGGUUUCUCCUACGACUAUGUUUUCGAUUGGAACAUGUUGAAGUUUGGUGCCGGUCGGACAGCAGAGGACGGUGAACGGGAAAGAAGGACAGGAGAAGACAGGGAGGAGCGAAUCGUAGGAGCUCCCAGAGGCUCUGCAUCCCGCGGCCUUCCCCCAGGUCCCAACCCAGUAGUUCCCAACAGGGUCAGGAACGGGCCGGAGCAGGCCAUUUCUAACCCUGCCUCCCGGGUCCAACAGUCUGGAAAUACGUCGCCACGUGCAAUCUCCCGUGCAGAGAGGGAGAGGAAGGUGAGCAUGCGGCUCCACCGUGGGGCUCCAGCCAAUAUUUCGUCAUCUGACCUCACGGCCCGUCAUGACCAGUCCAGAUCACAGGUCAGCGUGCCAUUUGAACACAUGGGGAAAUAGACUAAUGUAACUAACAGGGCUUCAAGAUCGUUGCUCUGAUUCAUUCUCUCUUUUUUUUUUUUACCUUGUCUUAUUACUAUUGCCAAUAGUCACAUGGAUCUUUGGAAAAGGACUACAUUUUUUUAAAGGAUCCAGAGAAGCAUGUGACAGCAUCCAGUAUGAACUCUUAAAUGAACCCCUUUACUGGUCCUUGGACCAGCACCUCAAUACAAAACACAUGAAUGACACCAGUGACUCCAAGGAUGUUCUCAUCUGUCCCCGUCAUCCUCCAAGGAGUUUCCUCAAUACCCUCUGUCUGACAACUGUGAAAGAACUACCACGAAGGAGCAUCAAGGUGUCGUGUUGCACAAAAACAAAUUUAAGGAUUUUUUUUUUUUUAAUUAUUGUUUUUGGUGAAAGAAACAGCUAAAUGAAGUGAUUCAGUAGGUGGGGUAGAUGGGUUUGAAAUGAGAGGGCAACAAAAAGAGGGUUUACUCAGUAAGUGAUGUUUUAGCUGUUGUAAAGUCAUGUCUCUGACGUAGCAGUCGGUCUUACAUGCCCUUCAUCCGCCCCCGUCGUGAUGAUGUCCUAGUCGCUUUUAGUCCUAGCCACAAAAACACGCACCACCCUUUAUGUUGCCUGUUUUUAAACCGUGUGUUUUUGUGUAUGUUUUUUAUGUGAGCGGGUAAGGUGAAGAAUGACCAUAGAUAUUGCAAAAACACUCCCAGAUCUUGAGGGAAACUCCUCAGGAAACUAUCGGUAUAUUUGACCAUAGCUGCCCUUUUUGGCUAACAAAUAGUGGCUGCAAUUUUUAUGACAGUUCUUAAUGUUACCUUUUUUAUUCUUUUGUUAUCGGAGGCCACGGAGGACUGGGCGGCUCCACUGUAAAUAUAUUUUUUUAUUUUGAUGUAAAGGCAAAAAGUGGUUAUUUGUUUUAUGAUGUAAAGUAGAAAAUGCAUAUUAUUAACAACCGGGGAAACUGGGUUCAGAAGACCAGAAGUACUAAUUUGAGGGUUGGGCUACUGUUGCUUUGCUACCUGGGUCAUUUUCUUGAGUGUAUGUGUGCAUGUGAAUAAUUUGAGUGAAUGAGGGAGUUGACAGGAAGUCGUACAGAGAAUCCCUGCUGUAACCAGCCUCAUUAUCUCAUUAAGGAGGAAUUCUGUCUAUUUCAACUAACAGCUGUUCAAGUUCACUAGCGACUGUUGCUAGGGUUAAAAAAAACCCACCCUGUUGUCUAACAUGGGCCAAUAUAUUUCAUUUGGAAGUCCAUCCUUUUAGACAAGGUGCUCAAAAUAUCAUUACAAGUGCUAUAAAACAUGAAGUUAUUUGAUCCGUUUUCAGUAAAUAUGUCUAGUCUUUGUAAAAGAACUACCUGAAAGUACCUUGGGUUUUCCUUAGUUCUAAUUACUAUUUUAGUACUCGUACUCCUCUCCUGUUUACUGUGUUAAUCCCAAACAUUGAAGUCUUGCAAGUAACCAUUUUGCAUAGCACAAGUGAAUGAUAUUUUGAUUCGUUUUAAGCAGAAAUCAGUGAAACUAAUGAACAAAGAUGUUGAAAAUCACUGUAAUUCCCCUUUUUAAACUUUUUCGCUUCCUCUUUAUUUUAUUUCUCACAUUGUCAAUGUUUUUAUUAGCUCUUACCGUCCUAACUUAUGUCUUCAUGUAACUGUCGCGUAACUUAUUGAAAUCAUGGUCUCGUUUUUAUGCCGCUCCCUGUGUUCCUCUGUCAUGCCUUUGAGGUUGUCUGCCCCUGUGACACGUAAGGAUUCCCGUAUUUCCUCCGUCGGUAGCUUGUCAUCGCAGAAUUUCGAUGUCACCUGGGUAUCUUGUUCUUCAGCAGCCUCGAUGAUGUCAUUCAGGUUCAUUUGCAGGGAUGUGUAAAUAGCAGUGUAAUGUGUGUAAGUACUUUUGUACAGGCCACCAUCAUGACCCAGUGGCAUUGUAAUUGUUGGUGAUCUGGGUGGUUUCUCUAUGUAUUGUGUAUUGAUAGCUUGUACAGUUCUUUAACACACUUUAUUUACAACAGUAUUUGUGUAUAUUUUAUGAAGUAAUAAAAAUUAAUAACGUUGCUCAA